AUGGGUUUCCUCACUUGGUGCUCGCGAUGCGCCACCGGCUUGAGCAUGCUGAUCCUGAUCGGCCUCUGCUAUUGGGUCAUAUCCCAAGAAUCGAUAGUAGAGCGGCACGGCUUUAAGUUCGAGGGAACAAGCACCGAAGGCGAGACAUACUCGUCAAAGACGACUUCCAUUGGUGCUGGUAUUUGGACUCUCAUCUUCGCCUACUACUGCCUCUUGAUUCACUUCAUGGUUGCCAUGUUUCCCAUUCGAGCAUGCUGGUCCAUCUGGAGCAUUACACAAUCUCUGAAGCGAGGUGUGCAGAGCAAAGCCAUUGAAGAGUACAAGGACGCUGGACAUCGCCGCUACAGCUCUUCAUCCUCAGUCGCCAGCUCAGAGACGUUCGCCUCCAGCAACAACAACGGCAUUUCCUCGACAGACAGCGAGCUGAGCGAUUCACAAUCCGAGUACUAUGUUGAUGGCAAGGCUGUGCCCGAGAGCCCCAUCAUCCACGCCAUCGUCAUUCCCAACUACAAAGAAGAGGUGGACACCCUCCGCGAGACUCUGGACGUCCUGGCCUCUCACCCCCAGGCGCAAAGCUGCUACGAUGUCUACCUUGGCAUGGAGCUGCGAGAGACUGGCAGCGAAUCAAAGGCUCUUGGCCUUAUCCAGCAGUUUCUCAAGAAGUUUCGGUCCAUCGAUUAUACGCUGCAUCCAGGAGAUAUUCCCGGUGAAGCGGCCGGCAAAGGCAGUAACAUGGCCUGGGCGGCCCGCAAGCUGAGCUCCAAUUAUCCAAUGUCUGUUCGCAACAACGUCAUUGUCACUGGUAUCGAUGCCGACAGCCAUCUCUCAUCACGAUAUUUUGCCCAAAUCUCCAAUAUGCACAUGGUCCAUCCUGACACAGCUCGUACCACUCUAUAUGCGGCUCCCAUAAUCUUCGACCGCAAUGCCCACAACGUGACUGCUCUUGUCCGUGUCGCCGAUGUUCUCUGGUGCGCUGCUGGCAUGUCUGGCCUGUAUAAAGGCUCUGUCAUCGCCCCUCCUACAUCUGUGUAUUCCUUGCCGUUGGUGCUCGUUGACCGCGUCGGCGGUUGGGACUGUGACUCUGACGCCAUCGGCGAGGAUCUGCACAUGUUCAUCAAAUGCUUCUUUGCUUUGAACGGCCAUCUUACUUGCCGCACCGUCCUCAGCCCAGUGAGCCAGACCAAUGUGACUGGAGGCGGAAAGGGAGGUAUCCGAGGUGCCUAUUUAGACAUCAAGGCACGAUACAGCCAGGCACUUCGACACAUGUGGGGUGCUCUGGAUAGUGGAUUCGCAUUGCGCAAGGCGGCUGCGAUGUGGAAGGACAGAAAGUAUACAUCCAGAGCUUUCCGUCCUCUUCACCGAUCUUCCAGUGGCGAGAAUCUGGAUGCUUAUUUUCCCGAGUCUCAGCUUCAAGAGACCUCGGAGGCGGCAGCUGAAAAUGGUGUCUUUUCCGACAUCACGAGGGAUACUCUCAAAGAGCCUCACUGGGAACACAUCUACUACAUGGGCCACCGUCUGUUUGAAGCACAUUUCCUCCCCCUCCAGAUGCUGAUUCUGGUAGUCGCAUCUAGUCUGUAUACAUGGGUCACUGAGGGUGGCGAGGACCCCAACAACCUAUUCUGGAUCUUCUCGACCUGCAACGUUCUUCGCACCAUGGGUUUCAUGGAGAUGGCUGUUUACAUCUUCCUCUAUGAAAGCUACCACCGAGUUUGUGUGCGCACUCGUGAAAAGGACAUGAUCCAAGCCGGACUGGCUGACGGCAUGUGCUUUUCUCAUCGCACCUUGAAGAAGAACUUUGUCGACUAUCUCCUUGUUCCUCUGGUGGCUCCUCUAUAUGGAGCUAUUCCUUGUGCUCAAGCGGAAAUCGCACACUUUUGGACGGCCGAUUUGCAAUAUACCGUCAGCAAGAAGGCUCUUCGACAACGAGCGAAGUCUGCGGCGGUGGAAGACAUCGCUUAA